GUCACUACGUACAGGACCCGGAAGCACUUCUCUGCUGUACGAGUACACAUCUGUCCCACAAUCCUCUUCUACUUCCUUUCCGUCAUUGUCCCUAGACGAAGAUGGCGCCAGCAAAGAAGGGAGGCGAGAAGAAAAAGGGCCGCUCUGCCAUCAAUGAAGUAGUUACUAGGGAGUAUACCAUCAAUAUUCACAAGCGGAUCCAUGGAAUUGGCUUUAAGAAACGUGCUCCCCGCGCUCUGAAGGAAAUCCGCAAAUUCGCAGUUAAAGAGAUGCGUACUCCUGAUGUGCGCAUUGACACCAGGCUGAACAAAGCCGUGUGGGCCAAAGGGAUCCGAAAUGUUCCAUACCGUAUUCGUGUGCGCUUGUCCAGGAAGCGUAAUGAGGAUGAAGAUUCCCCCAACAAACUGUACACACUGGUCACAUAUGUGCCAGUUACUACAUACAAAGGUCUACAGACAGUCAAUGUUGAUGAAAACUAAAUUCAUUUUUCAUUGUUGAAAUAAAAAAAAAAUUAAAA